GAAGCAGUUGAAGUUUGUACGUUACAAUAAAGAGUCUCUAAAUUACUUUUCUCUGUGUCAAGUUCAGUUCUUUUUUUAUCCCGAAUUUAAUUACAUUUUGAUCAAAUUUCAUUGAGAGGAAUUGAAAAAAAAAACUUUUAAAAAUCAAUUAAGUGCUUGAUAAGAAUAUUAACAAUAAAAAUGGAUGAUUCUAGUUCUUUAUCACCUUGGAUAAUAGUUUUAAUUGUUUUGUUAGUACUUUUGGGAUGUGUAGCGCUUGUAUUUCUAAUAAGAAAAUGGGCACAAGGUGGACAAUAUAAGAAGAACUCAAGAAUAGAAGGCAAAGUCGUGAUUAUAACUGGCGCUAAUACAGGAAUUGGCAAGGAAACUGCCAUCGAUUUAGCAAAGCGUGGUGGAAAAAUUUACAUCGCAUGUCGGAAUUUACAACGUGGUGAAGACGCUUUGAAAGAUAUCAAAGCAAAAAGUGAAAGCAACAAUGUUCACUUCCUUCAACUCGAUUUGGCGUCAAUGGAGUCAAUUCGUCAAUUCUCGAAGAAGUUUCAUGAAUUGGAAAACAAUCUUCACAUCUUAAUUAACAAUGCUGGUAUUAUGGCAGUUCCGAAAGCUACCACAAAAGAUGGAUUUGAAAUGCAGAUUGGGACAAAUCACAUGGGACAUUUCUUGUUGACAAAUUUAUUGCUUGACUUAUUGAAGCAAUCAUCACCGAGCAGAAUUAUUAAUGUAUCAAGCAUAGCUCAUUACAUCGGUCGCAUCAACAAAACAGAUUUGAACAGUGAAAAAUCUUACAAUCGAUGGCUCGCUUAUGGACAAAGUAAAUUGGCAAAUAUUUUGUUUACAAAAGAGUUGUCAAAGAGAUUGGAAGGGACUGGAGUGACUGCUAAUUCUCUUCAUCCUGGAGCUGUCAGAACGGAACUUACAAGAGAUAUGGACAUGUGUUCAUGGAUUGCUUUUGGUCCAUUUUUACAUUUCUUUAAAACGCCUUUGGCUGGAGCUCAAACAACAAUUCGAUUGGCAGUCGAUCCUGAAUUAGAGAAUGUUACAGGAAAAUAUUUCAGCGAUUGCACUGAAGCGAGAACAACAAGUGCUGCAAAGAAUGAUGAAACAGCUGCUUGGCUAUGGAAAACGAGCGAAGAAUGGACUGGAAUGUCCAUUCCAAACACAGUUGCACAUUACAUGCAAGGUGGACAAUACAAGAAGAAUGUCCGAAUUGAUGGUAAGAUCGUAAUCAUCACAGGAGCUAACUCAGGGAUUGGAAAAGAAACUGCCAUCGAUUUAGCAAGACGCGGUGGAAAAAUUUACAUUGCAUGUCGUGAUGAGAAUCGUGGAAAAGUUGCAGUAAAUGAAAUCAAGGAGAAAAGUGGAAGCAGACAAAUUCAUUUUCUUCAACUCGACUUGGCAUCAAUAAAAUCAAUUGGUGAAUUCAGUGAGAAAUUUCAUAAACUUGAAUCAAAACUUCACAUCUUAAUUAACAAUGCUGGAGUUAUGGCUUGUCCGAAAUCAUACACAAAAGAUGGAUUUGAAAUGCACAUGGGAGUGAAUCAUUUAGGACAUUUUUUGCUAACAAACUUAUUACUUGAUCUUCUCAAAUCAUCAGCGCCAAGUCGCAUAGUUGUCGUGUCGAGUUUAUUUCAUAUUCUUGGAAAGAUAUUUACAAAUGAUCUUUUUGGAGAAAAGUUUUACUUUCGUUGGUUUCAAUAUGCCACGAGUAAACUUGCGAAUAUUUUAUUCACACGAGAAUUAGCAAGACAACUGAAAGGAAGUGGAGUGACAGUUAAUUGUUUGCACCCUGGAGCGGUUCAUAGUGGAUUACAACGACAUAUUAACAUUAUUGUGAGAGUUUUGACUACUCCAUUCCAAUGGGUUUUGUUCAAAGAUACUUCAGCUGGAGCUCAAACUCAAAUUAUGCUUGCUGUUGAUCCCGAUUUGGAAAAUAUUUCUGGACAAUACUUUAGUGACUGUAAGAUAACUUGGACAAUGUGGACAGCAAAAAACGAUGACAUGGCCAAAUGGCUUUGGAAAGAAAGUGAAAAACUUACAAAAUUAUGAAAAUAAAUUUAACUUUUUUUAAACUUUUAAAGAUUCGAUUAAUUCUGCACUUCGUUUCCAUAACCAGCAUGAUAAUUCUUCGUUCCUCGAAUCGACAGAAGGUUCAAUUUCUUUACAACUUUUAUAAUAUUUGCCGGAAAUUCUUUCCAAAUUUUUAUCAACUGCAAGUCGUAA